AUGGAGUACACUUUGGAACAAUUAAACUAUUUUAGAGCAUGUUACAUCGCCUUUAACUUAGUUCCCCAAGGGCUUCGAAAAGUCUUUAAACAAGAGUGGGAUUUCCUUUACAAGACAACUGCAUUGGGGGAAUGGAAAGAUAUUUCACGAAAUGGCCGUGAUUUCUACAGCAAAGAAUCACGAAGGAGUCGCACCAAGAAUGCGCGACUUUUAGCGACAAUACAAAGGGGAAACACGGUGGAGUGGGAUUGCAGUUGCCUGUUUUUUGCUAUUUUGUACUCGGAUUGCAUUGGCAGUACUCUUAGUCCAGCAGUCAGAAAAGAAGUUGACGAUCUCAGACAAGUUCGAAAUGAUAUCGCUCACUUGAACGAGGUUGAACUUACUGAUGCUGAAUUCCAUAAUUAUGUAGCGAGAGUGUUAGCCGCUUUUAAUUCACUGAAGCUUCCAAUUAAUGAAGUUGAUGAUAUCAAAAACCAGACAGACUUUCCAACCGCUGAAGUAAAUAACCUUAAAAUGCAGGCUGACAAACUUAAAGCUGACUUGAAAACCAAAGGAGAAGAAAACAAAAAUCUAACAUCUGAAUUACAAUUGACUCAAGCCACAUUACAGACAAAGCAGAACGAAGUGAAAACACUCGGCGAGGGUUUAAAAACCGUAGAAGAAGCAAACAGAAAUCUAACCUCGGAAUUACAGUCGACCCAAGCCACAUUACAGACAAAACAGGAAGAAGUAGAAACACUUACUCAGGAAAUCAAUUCUAAAGUCGAGUCUUUCUGUACUCUGACAUCCAAGCCAUCACAUAAAAUCAUCAAACGAUCAAGUGAUGUCACAAGAAUCAUGAAGAAACUGGACGAGCUUUACAAUGAAAGUAAUGGGGCUAUCAGCACCAUUUAUCUAUCAGGAAUUCCAGGCUGCGGAAAAAGCCAAUUAGCUCGACAACUGGGACAAGACAUUUUCGAUAGGAGGUUGCAAGAAAACGACCGUCUUACGUUUGUUGCAACCCUAAAUGCAGAAACGCUAGAUUCACUUGCAGACUCCUAUUCUAGUCUGGCAAGACAUUUGGGAAUAACAGAAUACACUCUCACCAACCUCGAGACUUCUACAAAGGAGAACCCAAGAGAAAAAAUCCUGUAUCUAAAGCGAGUCAUUUAUCCAAAGACAAAGCAUUUCUCCAACUGGCUGAUAAUUGCAGAUAAUGUUGUUGACCUAUCAUUGGUUUGUAGGGAUUUGCCUCCGACCGGUAGUGAAGAAUGGGGCCAUGGUCAGGUGCUAAUAACUACUCAAGAUAGCAGCCCAAUACCCUCCAAUGCUCCACUUACUUACCAUGAGUCUCUUAGCAAUGGAAUGAAUCCCGAUGACGCAGUGAACCUAUUACGACAAGUAUCUCAGAUUCAGGAUCAGAACCAAGAUGAAAAGGUCGCUGAAGUUCUUGAGUAUCAGCCACUUGCUUUAGCAGCCGCUGCCUUUUAUGUACAAACCGUUCUGGUCAGUGGCUCUCCGAACUAUAGUUGGAAAAACUACUUGGAGGCACUUUCCUACGGCGAACGUGAAGCGACAGAAAAACUUCUUGCAAACCAGAACAGGGCGUAUUCCAAAACGACAACUACUGCCAUUGAAAUGGCUAUUAUGAGAGCUUUAGAAAGUGAUGACGUUCUUCGAGAAGUAUUGUAUUUGUUUUCUCUUUGCGCACCUGAGUCUCUUCCAAUGGAAGUUGCUGUUGACUUCGUUAAAUUACGUAUCACUGAGCAAUCAGAAGAAUUGAUCAAAACUAAACUUUUCAAAGCCUCCUUAUUGUCUUGUUCACAAGACAAAGACGGUUCAUAUACAUUUAUAAGGAUGCACAACAUCGUUCAUAAGGUGCUCAAGUCAAUUAUAACAUCUACAAUUGACUCAACAGAUAGAGUUCAGUGCAUUUCUGAUGUCAUUGAGAUCUUUCAGUCUAUAAUGGAAGAGAACAGAAAUCUGUUACAUUCAAGUAGGCAUGUGUUUGCCAAGUUACGUGUAAUUACGAGUCACUGCAAAGUAUUACAGGUACUUGUUAACACCGAUUUCACUAAAUCAAACGUAAUCCUAAAUUCAAUCAACCCUGGAAAUUUAGUUUCGUGGCUUUCCUUAGCCGCUGAUGUGUGCUGUAGCCUUAGUAACCCGUCAGAUGCAUAUCUUUUUAGUACGUCAAGCUGUAAUUUUAUACAUUUUCUUAACGAUUUAAAAGAGGACAAAUUGUUAAGAGCGGACACCUACAACAUACAAGGAAAGGUUUACAGUGACCUUGGCAGGUACAGUGAAGCUAAAGAAUACCACGAAAAGGCUCUCAUCAUUACCAAAGAGAUUUACGGUGAAAAGCAUGGUGAUGUAGCAGCAAGUUACAACAACCUGGGAAUUGUUUUCAGUGACCUUGGCCAGUACAAUGAAGCUAAAGAAUACUAUGAGAAGGCUCUCAUCAUUACCAAAGAGAUUUACGGAGAAAAGCAUGGUGACGUAGCAGAAAGUUACGACAACCUGGGAGUUGUUUACAGAAAACUUGCCCAGUACAAUGAAGCUAAAGAAUACUAUAAAAAGGCUCUCAUCAUCAGAAAAGAGAUUUACGAUGAAAACCAUGGCGACGUAGCAGCAAGUUACAACAAUCUGGGAAUUGUUUUCACUGACCUUGGCCAACACAGUGAAGCUAAAGACUACUAUGAGAAGGCUCUCAUCAUUAGAAAAGAGAUUCACGGUGAAAAGCAUGGUGACGUAGCAGCAAGUUACAACAAUCUGGGAAUUCUUUUCACUGACCUUGGCCAGUACAGUGAAGCUAAAGAAUACUAUGAGAAGGCUCUCAUCAUUAGUAAAGAGAUUUACGGUGAAAAGCAUGGUGACGUAGCAGGAAGUAACAACAAUCUAGCAAUUGUUUACAGAAAACUUGGCCAGUAUAGUGAAGCUAAAGAAUACUAUGAGAAGGCUCUCAUCAUUAGAAAAGAGAUUUAUGGUGAAAAGCAUGUUAUCGUAGCAGCAAGUUACAACAACCUUGCAGCUGUUUUCAGUGACCUUGGCCAGUACAGUAAAGCUAAAGAAUACUAUGAGAAGGCUCUCAUCAUUAGAAAAGAGAUUUACGGUGAAAAGCAUGGUGACGUAGCAGCAAUUUACAACAACGUUGGAGCUAUUUUCAGUGACUUUGGCCAGUACAGUGAAGCUAAAGAAUACUAUGAGAAGGCUCUCAUCAUUACCAAAGAGAUUUACGGUGAAAACCAUGGUGACGUAGCAAAAAGUUACAACAAUCUUGGAGCUGUUUUCACUGACCUUGGCCAGUACAGUGAAGCUGAAGAAUACUAUAAAAAGGCUCUCAUCAUUAGAAAAGAGCUUUAUGGUGAAAAGCAUGCUGACGUAGCAGCAAGUUACAACAACCUUGGAGCUGUUUUCAGUGACCUUGGCCAGUACAGUAAAGCUAAAGAAUACUAUGAGAAGGCUCUCAUCAUUAGAAAAGAGAUUUAUGGUGAAAAGCAUGGCGACGUAGCAACAAGUUACAUCAUCCUUGGAGCUGUUUUCAGUGAACUUGGCCAGUACAGUAAAGCUGAAGAAUACUAUGAAAAGGCUCUCAUCAUUAGAAAAGAGAUUUAUGGUGAAAAGCAUGGUGACAUAGCAGCAAGUUACAACAACCUUGGGGCUGUUUUCAGUGCCCUUGGCCAGUACAGUGAAGCUAAAGAAUACUAUGAGAAGGCUCUCAUCAUUAGAAAAGAGAUUUACGGUGAAAACCAUGGUGAGGUGGCAACAAGUUACAACAACCUUGGAGCUGUUUUCACUGACCUUGGCCAGUACAGUGAAGCUGAAGAAUACUAUGAAAAGGCUCUCAUCAUUAGAAAAGAGCUUUAUGGUGAACAGCAUGGUGACGUAGCAGCAAGUUACAACAACCUUGGAGCUGUUUUAAGUGACGUUGGCCAGUACAGUGAAGCUAAAAAAUACUAUGAGAAGGCACUCAUCAUUAGAAAAGCCAUUUAUGGUGAAAAGCAUGGGGACGUAGCAACAAGUUAUAUCAUCCUUGGAGCUGUUUUCGGUGAACUUGGCCAGUACAGUGAAGCUAAAGAAUACUAUGAGAAGGCUCUCAUCAUUAGAAAAGAGAUUUAUGGUAAAAAGCAUGGUGACGUAGCAGCAAGUUACAACAACCUUGGAGCUGUUUUCAGUGACCUUGGCCAGUACAGUGAAGCUAAAAAAUACUAUGAAAAGGCUCUCAUCAUUAGAAAAGAGAUUUAUGGUGAAAAGCAUGGUGACGUAGCAGCAAGUUACAACAACCUUGGAGCUGUUUUCAGUGACCUUGGCCAGUACAGUGAAGCUGAAAAAUACUAUGAAAAGGCUGUCAUCAUUAGCAGAGAGAUUUAUGGUGAAAAGCAUGGUGACGUAGCAGCAAGUUACAACAACCUUGGAGCUGUCUUCGGUGACCUUGGCCAGUACAGUGAAGCUAAACAAUACUUUGAGAAGGCACUCAUCAUUAGAAAAGAGAUUUAUGGUGAAAAGCAUGGCGACGUAGCAACAAGUUACAACAUCCUUGGAGCUGUUUUCAGUGACCUUGGCCAGUACAGUGAAGCUAAAGAAUACUAUGAGAAGGCUCUCAUCAUUAGAAAAGAGAUUUAUGGUGAAAAGCAUGGUGACGUAGCAGCAAGUUACAACAACCUUGGAGCUGUUUUCAGUGACCUUGGCCAGUACAGUGAAGCUAAAGAAUACUAUGAGAAGGCUCUCAUCAUUAGAAAAGAGAUUUAUGGUGAAAAGCAUGGUGACGUAGCAGCAAGUUACAACAACCUUGGAGCUGUUUUCAGUGACCUUGGCCAGUACAGUGAAGCUAAAGAAUACUAUGAGAAGGCUCUCAUCAUUAGAAAAGAGAUUUAUGGUGAAAAGCAUGGUGACGUAGCAGCAAGUUACAACAACCUUGGAGCUGUUUUCAGUGACCUUGGCCAGUACAGUGAAGCUAAAGAAUACUAUGAGAAGGCUCUCAUCAUUAGAAAAGAGAUUUAUGGUGAAAAGCAUGGUGACGUAGCAGCAAGUUACAACAACCUUGGAGCUGUUUUCAGUGACCUUGGCCAGUACAGUGAAGCUAAAGAAUACUAUGAGAAGGCUCUCAUCAUUAGAAAAGAGAUUUAUGGUGAAAAGCAUGGUGACGUAGCAGCAAGUUACAACAACCUUGGAGCUGUUUUCAGUGACCUUGGCCAGUACAGUGAAGCUAAAGAAUACUAUGAGAAGGCUCUCAUCAUUAGAAAAGAGAUUUAUGGUGAAAAGCAUGGUGACGUAGCAGCAAGUUACAACAACCUUGGAGCUGUUUUCAGUGACCUUGGCCAGUACAGUGAAGCUGAAAAAUACUAUGAAAAGGCUGUCAUCAUUAGCAGAGAGAUUUAUGGUGAAAAGCAUGGUGACGUAGCAGCAAGUUACAACAACCUUGGAGCUGUCUUCGGUGACCUUGGCCAGUACAGUGAAGCUAAACAAUACUAUGAGAAGGCACUCAUCAUUAGAAAAGAGAUUUAUGGUGAAAAGCAUGGCGACGUAGCAACAAGUUACAACAUCCUUGGAGCUGUUUUCAGUGAACUUGGCCAGUACAGUGAAGCUGAAGAAUACUAUGAGAAGGCUCUCAUUAUUAGAAAAGAGAUUUAUGGUGAAAAGCAUGGUGACGUAGCAGCAAGUUACAACAACCUUGGAGCUGUUUUCGGUGCCCUUGGCCAGUACAGUGAAGCAAAAGAAUACUAUGAGAAGGCUCUCAUCAUUAGAAAAGAGAUUUAUGGUGAAAACCAUGGUGACGUAGCAACAAGUUACAACAACCUUGGAGCUGUUUUCACUGACCUUGGCCAGUACAGUGAAGCUAAAGAAUACUAUGAGAAGGCUCUCAUGAUUAGAAAAGAGAUUUAUGGUGAAAAGCAUGGCGACGUAGCAGCAAGUUACAUCUUCCUUGGAGCUGUUAACAGUGAACUUGGCCAGUACAGUGAAGCUAAAGAAUGUCAUGAGAAGGCUCUCAUCAUUAGCAGAGAGAUUUACGGUGAAAGGCAUGGUGACGUAGCAGCAAGCUACAACAACCUAGGAGUUGUUUUCAGUGACCUUGGCCAGUACAUUAAAGCUAAAGAAUACUAUGAGAAGGCUCUCAUCAUUAGAAAUGAGAUUUAUGGUGAGAAGCAUGGUGAGGUAGCAGCAAGUUACAACAACCUUGGAGCUGUAUUCACUAACCUUGGCCAGUACAGUGAAGCUAAAGAAUACUAUGAGAAGGCUCUCAUCAUUACCAAAGAGAUUUAUGGUGAAAAGCAUGGUGACGUAGCAGCAAGUUACAGCAACCUUGGAGCUGUGUUUAGUGACCUUGGCCAGUACAGUGAAGCUAAAGAAUAUCAUGAGAAGGCUCUCAUCAUUAGCAGAGAGAUUUAUGGUGAAAAGCAUCGUGACGUAGCAAAAUGUUACAACAACCUUGGAGCUGUUUUCAGUGACCUUGGACAGUACAGUGAAGCUAAAGAAUACUAUGAGAAGGCUCUCAUCAUUAAAAAAGUGAUUUGCGGUGAAAAGCAUGGUGAGGUAGCAGCAAGUUACAUCAACCUUGGAGCUGUUUUCAGUGACCUUGGCCAGUACAGUGAAGCUAAAGAAUACUAUGAGAAGGCUCUCAUCAUUACCAAAGAGAUUUAUGGUGAAAAGCAUGGUGACGUAGCAGCAAGUUACAACAACCUUGGAGCUGUGUUUAGUGACCUUGGACAGUACAGUGAAGCUAAAGAAUAUUAUGAGAAGGCUCUUAUCAUAACCAAAGAGAUUUAUGGUGAAAAACAUGGUGACGUAGCAGCAAGUUACUUCAACGUAGGAGUUGUCUACAGAAACCUUGGCCAGUACAGUGAAGCUAAAGAAUACUAUGAGAAGGCUCUCAUCAUUACCAAAGAGAUUUACGGUGAAAAGCAUGGUGACGUAGCAGGAGGUUACAUCAACCUUGGAGCUGUUUUCAGUGACAUUGGCCAGUACAGUGAAGCUAAAGAAUACUACGAGAAGGCUCUCAUCAUUAGAAAAGAGAUUUAUGGUGAAAAGCAUGGUAACGUAGCAGAAAGUUACAACAACCUGGGAAUAGUUUACAGAAAACUUGGCCAGUACAGUGAAGCUAAAGAAUAUUAUGAGAAGUCUCUCAUCACUACCAAAGAGAUUUACGGAGAAAAGCAUGUUGACGUAGCAGCAAGUUACAACAACCUGGGAGUUGUUUACAGAAACCUUGGCCAGUACAGUGAAGCCAUAGAAUACUGUGAGAAGGCUCUCAUCAUUAGAAAAGAGAUUUACGAUGAAAAGCAUUGCGACGUAGCAGCAAGUUACAACAAUCUGGGAAUUGUUUUCAUUGACCUUGGCCAGUACAGUGAAGCCAAAGAAUACUAUGAGAAGGCUCUCAUCAUUAGAAAAGAGAUUUACGGUGAAAAGCAUGGUGACGUAGCAGCAAGUAACAACAAUCUGGGAAUUGUUUACAGAAAACUUGGCCAGUACAGUAAAGCUAAAGAAUACUAUGAGAAGGCUCUCAUCAUUAGAAAAGAGAUUUAUGGUGAAAAGCAUGGUGACGUAGCAGCAAGUAACAACAAUCUGGGAAUUGUUUACAGAAAACUUGGCCAGUACAGUGAAGCCAAAGAAUACUAUGAGAAGGCUCUCAUCAUUAGAAAAGAGAUUUAUGGUGAAAAGCAUGGUGACGUAGCAGCAAGUUACAACAACGUUGGAGCUGUUUACAGUGACCUUGGCCAGUACAGUGAAGCUAAAGAAUACUAUGAAAAGGCUCUCAUCAUUAGAAAGGAAAUUUACGGUGAUCAUCAUGCUUUGACUGAGGAAACGUUCCGCACCUUAAAGAUAGUUGAUCGGGAAAUAAAAGCUCGGACAGUUAAUUGCAUUAUUAUCUAA